AUGAACACUAUCGAUGAUGCUUCUUCUAAUAGUUGUUUGCUGGUGUUCAGAGAAAUGGCUGGAAGAAAUGAUUGUGCAGUUGCUAAUGCUUUGGAUUCAGUGGCUCAGGUGCUGCAAGUUGCUGAGUAUGAUGCGAAGUUUGAGGAACUGUUGAAUUUUUCUCCACUCUAUAAUGAUGUGACUGUUGAGGGGCCGAAGUGUAUCAAAUUCGAGAGCAGCUUGAGACCAGAGAUUAAGCAAGGUAUUGGGCAUCAAGAGAUUCUCCAGUUUUCUGUGCUAGUGAAUAAGUGUAGAAUAUAUGAUGAGGAUAACAGAGCCCGAUCUUCUCACUAUAAGAGUUUUAGUGGGAAGAAAGGGAAGGAUCAGAAUUGUGGGAAACCGUAUAGUGCUCUAACUGACAAAGGGAAGCAGAAGGUUGAUCAGAAGGCUAUAGGUGGGAAAGAGAAAAGUGGGGGAGAGGAUCCUACUUCUAUUCGUAUGAAGUCAGACGAUAUUAUGGAGACUGUGUUCAGAAUGAGAUAUGGUCACUAUGAGUAUUCAGUGAUGACGUUUGGUGUAUCUAAUGCGUCUGGAGUGUUCAUGGAGUACAUGAAUAGAAUAUUUCAUCCGUACUUAGAUCAGUUUGUGGUUGUGUUCAUCAAUGAUAUUCUAAUAUAUUCAAAGUCUGAUGAAGAGCAUGUGGAACAUCUAAGAGUUGUGUUGCACACUUUGAAAGAGAAGAAGUUGUAUGUGAAGUUAUCUAAGUGUGAGUUCUAG